CACGGACGUCGGUCGGUUGCACGAGGAGUCGCCCUCUGUUGUUGGUUGACGUUUCGGGGAAAAAUUACGACGCUCGCUCGCUCGACGAGAGCACCCGGAAAGAUCGCGCGGUCGCUUGUUUUUGGUGUUUUCCCACUGUUGUGGAAACGACGACGAGGUGAAACGUGACGACGGCGACGCGACCGUUUUCUUGUUUGUGAUCCGACGAAUACUGGGUACUGGUGCCGGGCAAUUGAGGUGGUUUUGCCCGCGGUGGGUUUCUGAGAGCCCGGAGGAGGCAAGCUUCGAGGGGUGGUUCCGAGUCGUUUGCAGAUUUGGCGUUUUGGGGCCAGUUGAUAGAAGAAAUAAUAAGGAAAAAAUAUUAAAGUUUUAUUGAAAGGGCCAGCUCGAGUCGAAAAUUUUUGUGCACUUGGUGAGGGGUUAAUUUUUUCGCCGAAAGUUUUCUCGGUGUGUAUCCCGGUUUGGUCCCUCGAUUUACCUUCGGCGAUGGGUCAUACUUUAAUGAGUUAAUCCGAAGGGAGCUUGAAGCGCUUAUUUUUGGAAACCUCAAAGGUGAAAGUUGUGACAAAUUUCCCUGGAAAUGAUGUAAUACAGUCUUGAGGCAAGUUUAGGCAAGGAGACGUAAAACAAGCUUUUACUUAUGGGAUCACGAAAAAGGGUCGCCGGUGGGGUUGCUUCAGUGACAGUGCUUGGGUUUUUGUAGAAGGUCCUCACAGAAAAAAGCGAAAUAAAACGGCAAAUCCAACCGAGAGUUUAUCGUAGAGAGCGUUAAUUUAACACGAGUUUGUUUUUAAUUCGGGGCAGUGUACGCCUGGAUGUAUGCUCCUGUGCGGGUGGCUAAGUCCAUGUCAUGUCGAGUGAAGUCAAGUAAUUAAUGGUACACACUUGCCUGGCGCUGUGAGUCUGGCCGGGGGAUAUGUCGUGGUUCUGAAAAUUAAAAUUGUCACCAAGGCCAUCCGAAAGCUCUCCCUACAAGGAACGCAUUUCAUUCAUCCCCUACCUGUUCAGGAAUUCGUCCUUCCUUUGGCCUGAAGCGCCACAAACUGAGGGGAAAAAAUUGACCUAUCAUAAUAGACGGUGAACCUAGAGGAGCUUUAGACGGAAUACCACAGUAUCACAGCUUGAGCUGAUGCUGAACGAUGAUGAAAGUGAAUGAGAUGAAAGCGUUAAGGUGCAAAAGUUGUGACAUGAUUCUGCUCUUCCCUGGGAUCGUCAUCAUUCCGUUCCGUAUAAUGUGAAAAGUGUCGCCUUUAGGAAAGGUUAUUCCGAAAAAAAAACAACUAAAAGGAAAAGAGACUAAAUGCUUCGAAGGGUCCGGUUGGAAUUACUUUUAAGUGACUCCUACUAGACGAGUGCUAAUAUUAAAAAUCAUUCUGUUCAUCCGUCUGGCUGGACCAGAACCGACUCGACACCAAAGGACAGAAGCUGGCGCCGCGCUUGGCGGUUUGGCUUAGGAAUUUUUAUGUUGCAGCUUCCGAGAGACAUAGAGAUCAACGCGGGACCAGAAUCACUGUGGCUGGCAAGAGAUACGACGAUAAUGGAAUGUGCUGCUGCUUAGUGGAGUGCAGUUUUUAAUGGACUUGCCCAUUGAUAAUUGAAAGUGUACUGGCUGAGUGAACGACCAAGCUUUAGUUUAGUGGUACGAACGUGUGUUCAACAUUGCUGGCUAAUAAGUUUCGAAUGUUUAUGGUGCUUUGGAGCGAACUUUGAGAAGUGGAUUGUUUCUGUUGAGAGGUCACAAGUGGCGCUCGACGACUCAGGAAACCAGGCACAGGACAGGAGUGUGAUGUGUACCUAGCCUGGCCUGGCCCUAGCCAAUUCCCGCCGAAAAGCUCUCCCGGGAUCAUAUCUGGCUAGCUAGUUGGGAUGGACUGUGUAUAGAGCUACGUCAUCCUUUGGCUCAGUACACACAUCAACUGCGGAAACGUGUGGGUGCCUCGUUUUUAAAAACGAUACCUCAAUAACAGAGGCGCAUCAACGAAAAAAAAAAAACACGAAUCCCACCCGCUACUUGUUUGUGAUGUUUCCAGUCAUCCGUUUUGUCCGUUCAGCAUCAAGUGCUUCCGGCCAUACGGAACAAUGCAAGUGGAAGUGAUUGAUGAAUAAUUAAACCGGAGUGUGAAAACAUCGAUCCGGUCUCCUGCUUUCCUGGUGCUUCGUACCUAUAUGUAGGUGGGAAUGGGAAGUGGAUGGAGCCAUCAUCCAUCUGGGGGGAUUAAAUCCGGAUUCGUGGUGCAUUUUUCCUGGAUGAUCCGGGCAUUUGUGAGGCAGCAGUGAGUAGAAGCGUUUUGCUAGUGCCAAUUCCUGGAAGCUAUUUUUCCAGCAACGUUCUGUGUUUGCCCUCGGAAGUGGAGUUUUAAUUGGGGUCCUCGAAUCUGGGAGGGAGGGGUGUUCCGGGAAAAAAAAAUUGUGAAAUACAUUUGCAGUUCCGGAUGUGUGAUGCAGACUGCCCGGUGUUAGCAUUUUGCGAGAUUUGAAGCUCAAUGCCUGGAGGUGUCCGAUUUUUUUUUUGCUCUGUUACUGAGAUUUUCUGAGUGUGUAUGUAGAAAGUCACACGUUUGGAAUGAGGAGGGAAUCCCUGAAGUCAGUGUUUUGAAUCGGGACCAGAUACUAGUCUACCGGAUGAUGAUGAAUACAAGCAUUUUGCAACUCGACGUCUGGCAAGGCGUAUUCCCGCCAACGAUGUCCUCUGGCGCACAAAAUAAAAGUUAUUUUUGCUGAAUAUUUAUCUUGUGUUGCAAACGAAGCGUCAUCAACCAACCGGAUCGUAAAAAUAUCCCCCGGAGGUGCACAUCGCAUCGGGGUCCCCGAUUCAAGAAAAACACAUAUCCUAGAAUAAACGAAAAAAAGGAUAAACCUACUCACAUAUCCUUCGGACCAACAACGAAACCCAAAAUCCGAACCCCAACAAAAAAGGAGUGUGGAGUAUUUGUCGUCAGCACAAAUCGCCGGUCCGGCCCUUGGGAUCGUAAAAGUGGGAUCAAACCACUCACUCCGGAGCCUCGAGUUGCCCCGAAAUAUUCUGCUCCCCCCGCAAAUCGACAUCAGCUGUGCAGUGUCCUUUUUGCCCCACUCACAUCUUGGCCCAUAAUCUUCCACGCCGGGAAACAUUCGUCGUUGGCGGCGUUCCCUCAAAAGCAGCAAGGAUGGAAACACGAAUAGGAUUACUGGGAUUACUGCUACACUACUGCAUCGUGAUUGGCACUGUUCUCAAUCUCAUCAAUGGCGAAGCGCAGCCCUAUUGGGAGCAACCGUACGCUCAGCCUUACUUCGACAACAGCACAAAACGGGAGGUGAUAGCCACGGUUGGCCAGUCCGCACUUCUCCAUUGCAGGGUGCGGAAUCUAGGAGAUCGAGCGGUCUCCUGGAUCCGGAAACGUGACCUCCACAUCCUGACGGUCGGCAUCCUCACCUACACCAACGAUCAGCGGUUUCAGUCGCUGCACACCGAGGGCAGUGACGAGUGGACGCUCCGGAUUACUUCCCCGCAGCCCCGGGACUCCGGCACGUACGAGUGUCAAGUGUCGACUGAGCCGAAAAUUUCCCAAGCCUUCCGGCUCAACGUUGUGGUCUCACGGGCGAAGAUCCUCGGCAAUGGGGAGCUGUUCAUCAAGAGCGGCAGCGAUAUCAACCUGACCUGUGUGGCCCUGCAGUCUCCGGCCCCGCCCUCCUUCAUCUACUGGUACAAGGGCAGCCGGGUGGUUAAUUACUCGCAGCGGGGCGGCAUCAGCGUGCUCACCGAGCGGCAAACCAAGACGAGCAAGCUGGUCAUCGCGAGGGCAACUCCGGCCGAUUCCGGCAACUACACGUGCUCGCCGAGCAGUUCCGAUUCUGCGAGCGUGAUCGUCCACGUCAUCAACGGCGAGCAGCCAGCCGCAAUGCAGCACGGGAAUAGCAGCGCUAAUAGCAUUUUAAUAAAUAAGCAUAGUUUUAGCCUCACGUACCUGGCGGCGGCUCCCGGUGGUAAAAAUUUAAUAUUAUCAUUAACAUCGUCGUGGUUUUGUUUAAUAUUAAAAUCGAUAUGCCUGUACGGCGUUUAUAGGUGAUUUAUAGCGUAAAAGAUCCCGAUGUAGAGCGAGAGAGAGAGAGAGGUCUUUUGGCGGCGCUUUUGUUGCCACGAUUUUAUGGGCACUGAGGCGGCAAUCAAUACCAAAGUAUGUUGUAUGUAUAUCUAAAACUACGCGAGACUGUAUGAAAGAAAAUUAACGUUCGAACGAGAGGACAUUGUUCGGUAGAAUUUGUUUUUUUUUUUUAUUUUUUACCCACCAGUGUCAAGGAUGAAGUCGACCCGAAUGAGUUGGACGACAAAAUACGAAAAAAAAUAUCGCUAGGGAUAGGAAUUUCGCUUUUGUUCGAGAGAAAUACGAAUGGCGGCGUUGGCUGCCCAACUGUAAUAUAUGUACUAUAUUGAUAUUAUUUUUCAUCCUUACCCAUUGUGCUCGAUCUGGUUCGAUGGCCCUACGGGAAAUGGAGGCCAAUUUGUCGCCUGAAACACAAAUUAUGUCAACAGUCCUGAGAGACAGAGAAAAGUUUACAAAAACAAAAACUGGGCCAGACCAUAGUCAACACUGCAUAGAGCAAAAGAGGAUGAAAAUCGAAUAAAAAAAUCACUAGAAACUAUUGUGCGCCAGAAUUUCAUUCAUUAAUACAAGAUGUAAAAGAAAACUAUGACAGCAAACAAUACCCAAACACAAUUUUUAAAGCUUAACAGGUAGGGCGGAGGUUUAAAUCGGCCUCAGUUUUGUUCAGAUUUGUGUAAAAAGUUUAUUUUAUUCAAAUGGUUUACUUUAUAUUUAUGUUAAGAAUAAAAAUUGAUCAAUCGUUUUUUACAUUUUAUUGAAUUUAGCUGCGAUCAAUGUACAAAAAAUCUAAGUUUAAAUUUGUUUAUUUUUAUCAGAACUACAAACUUUUAUAAACGUCUCAACAUAUGUUAAUAGGCCAAUAACAUUUUUUUAAAGUUAGAACACUAGCGAGAGUAAUAUCAGAAUCUUAUAACUGGUGUUAUAUUCGACG